CGGGCAAUAGUUGGUGUGUGCUGUGUAGUGUUCCGCGCGUAAUUUCCGCGUCUGGCAGUGUGUCGCGUGUGUGUACGUGUGUGUGAGUGGGCGGGGAUGUCUGGGAGCACAGGGUGACAACCGAAAUCCUGCGCAGGCACCGUCGAGUCGCCAUUGGACUGAGAUCUAACGAAAUUUUAUUAGAAGAUAACAACUGUAUCGUGCAAAAAAGUCCUACUAACCUCGACUUUGGACGCAAAGUUUUUCGGCAUAGUAACCAAAGAACAGAGGACAUCUGAGGUCCUUUCCUCCAUUAAAGCAAAGCGUCAACUCUCAGCGAGUGAAGUGUCUCACGAAUUGUUAACUCGAGGAGGACGUUGCGGGGACAGGUAGCACAGUGGGUGUGUUGUCGAGUGAUGUGCAGUGGAGUGCAGUGAAAGAUGGGCUGCAGCCCCGUGAGCCUGGAGACGCUGCUGCCGCGCUGCCUGUGCGCGCUCAGCCCGGCCAAGAUCCUGCUGCAGGGCGUGGCCGGCGCCGCCGGGGGACACCUCGAACGCCCAGUUUUUCCCAAUGCGCCAUCUGCCCCCGGGAUGCCUUGCCAAGGAGAAGACAGGAGUAUAUAUCGACGAGGUGCUCGGAGAUGGAGGAAGUUGUACCGGGUCAAUGGACACAUCUUCCAGGCGAAGCGGUUUAAUCGACGAGCGUUUUGUGCCUUUUGUCAAGAUCGUAUUUGGGGUCUGGGGCGCCAAGGCUUCAAGUGCAUCCAGUGCAAGCUCUUGGUGCACAAGAAAUGCCACAAGUUGGUGCAGAAGCCCUGCAGCAGUGAGCAAGUUGAGCCCAUUGUUAAGGAGGAGCACAAUGGAGAAACCCCGACAAUCAGUACACCUACAUCAGAGCUGUUACCAGAUUUGAAAGAAUUUCCAGAACCACCACUAGAUCUUACAUCAGACUCUGUCCCUGUUGAAGAUCCAACAAAGACUGAUGAGGAGUCUCUGGAGCCAGGAUCACAAAGACAGUACUCCCUUAAUGAUUUCGAGCUGAUUCGUGUUAUUGGUCGUGGGAGCUACGCCAAAGUUCUUAUGGUUGAACUGAAGAAGACACGUCGUAUAUAUGCUAUGAAGGUUAUUAAGAAGGCACUCGUCACUGAUGAUGAGGAUAUUGACUGGGUGCAAACAGAGAAGCAUGUGUUUGAAACAGCAUCAAACCAUCCCUUCUUGGUGGGCCUGCACUCGUGUUUCCAAACACCGAGUCGGUUGUUUUUUGUUAUUGAGUUUGUACGUGGAGGUGACCUGAUGUUCCACAUGCAGAGGCAACGUCGCCUUCCAGAAGAACAUGCUCGUUUCUAUGCAGCAGAGAUCAGUCUUGCUCUCAACUUCCUGCAUGAUAAAGGCAUAAUUUAUCGUGAUCUGAAACUUGAUAAUGUGCUCCUUGAUCACGAAGGCCAUAUCAAAUUGACUGAUUAUGGUAUGUGCAAGGAAGGUAUCAGACCUGGUGAUACCACUUCAACAUUCUGUGGAACACCAAAUUACAUCGCUCCAGAAAUCCUCCGUGGAGAGGAUUAUGGCUUCAGUGUUGAUUGGUGGGCACUUGGAGUCCUGCUUUAUGAGAUGUUAGCUGGUAGAAGUCCAUUUGAUAUUGCUGGUGCAUCUGAGAAUCCAGAUCAGAAUACUGAAGAUUACCUUUUCCAAGUUAUCUUGGAGAAGACGAUUCGUAUACCUCGCUCACUUUCUGUGAAAGCUGCAUCUGUGCUCAAAGGUUUCCUAAAUAAAAACCCGGCUGACAGAUUAGGCUGUCAUCGAGAAACAGGUUUCAUGGAUAUUGCAAAUCAUCCAUUCUUCAAAAGCAUAGAGUGGGAAUUGCUUGAGCAGAAGCAAGUGGCUCCCCCGUACAAACCUCGCCUCGAGUCGGACCGAGACCUGGCCAAUUUUCCUCCAGAAUUCACCGAUGAGCCUGUUCACCUCACGCCUGAUGACACGCGGGUGAUUGAGAAGAUCGACCAGUCCGAGUUCGAGGGCUUCGAGUACGUGAACCCGCUGCUGAUGUCGCUGGAGGACUGCGUGUGACGACGCGGGCGAGGAGUCCCGGCCCCCGGCGCGGGGGCGGCAGCGCGGCCGCGGGCGGCGGCGGGCCCGCUGCUUCUGUGCCUGCCGCUGCCGCUGCCGCUCUAGCGGCGUCAGCGUCGCUGCGCGCCGCGUUAUCUGGAUCCCUGGCCCUCUUGUCCCCGUCUCGCCCGCCCCCACCCCCACCACUACACACUCUCACUGUCCCGUGUGCGCCGGAGGACUGCUCGACACUCGCACCCUAAAACUACUUUGCCGCCCGCGUGUUCUCUCUGCUUCUACGGCUCACGCAUUCAGGCCUAAUUUUUUCCUGCACAGUCACUCAGAAACAAACAAAAAAAUCAAUGGAGGCUAGCUCUGUCAUAAUGCUAUUGUUAUACUGUAAAAAAAAGGAAGUGUGAAGCAAGAAAGGAUGUUCUCGAAGAGAAGUGUAUUUAAAAA